AUGGAAUCCACUGGGAAUCCGUUCAAGGCUAUUUGGUUGACGGAUUACGGCUUGAGCUUCAACGAUAAAAUGAAAACGAAUUGUCAUAAUCAUGUUGAGCCUAGGGAAUACAAUUGCGCAAGUGAUAAUGUUCUGAUAAUGCUAACUUGGCUGACCAAAAAUAAGCUAAAAAGUGGAAUAAUGAAGCAUCUAAAAAAGCGCAUCAUUGUUGACUUCAUCGGUUUUUACUUGUCGGAUUCAGUCUACAUGAUCAAAGAAUUGAACGCAAUUGCAAUUGACAAAAGAAACUCAGAUUUGAAUUUGUUAGUCAGGCCUCCUUAUCAAAGAGCAGAAGACCUACGGGAGUACUACUUCCUCAACUUCAUUGGAUUCAAAACUAAUUACGGUAUUGAAUGGGAUACUGGUACUACUGAUUCCAAACAAGUACGAGAAAUAUUAACUGGAUAUUUCAGAAACGCGACGCACAUUUACGUGGAAAAUUUGGAGAAGCAACAAUUGUUGGAAGCGUUUAUUGGAAAUAAUCAUAAUUUUAUUCGUUUGGAAGAUGAAGGAUUUAAAGAAGAGCCGCAAAAGAGCACUGAGUGCCGUAAUCAUAUUUACAAGAACGUUAUUUGUCCUGUUGACUUUUCUAGGGUCAUGUUGAAGUGGUUCAAGAAAAAUCUUGUUCGCAGCGUUUCCUGGCGCGAUAAUAUUGAUGAUAAUGUUGUCAGUAAAAAUAAUAACAAGAGCACACAAGAUAGUGUCAGUAAGUUGAGAAACAAAAUCAGAUAUCUUGUAAAGGAAAAAUUGGAAGCUAAGAAGAAACUUUAA